AUGAAGUAUCGUGUGGAAAUGUGCCACAAGACUUUAAGUCAAGUGGAUGACAAUAAAUGGAAGAAGUUCUCUGAUUAUAAAAUGAUAAGGGUCUUAGGCGAAGGAGGGUUUGGCCAAAUGGUUUUGGCUGAACAAAACGAAACUAAAAAAUUGUAUGCCUUUAAAUUCCUGAAAAAAAACUCGGUCAAGGCAUUUGAUUUGUACGAAAAUGAAAAGGAAGUUCUCAAAAUUGCGACAAACCAAAAUUUUCUUAUCGGCUACCAUGCCUGUUUCCAAACCCCCAAUAAUUACAUCAUAGCUAUGGAUUACGCAUGCGGUGGAGAUUUGGAUAAUCUUAUAAAAUAUUUGGGUAGAAUUCCAGAAGAGUCCGCUAAAUUCUAUAUAGCGGAACUGGUCUUAGGCGUAUCAUUUCUACAUUCCAAAGGGAUCAUCCAUAGAGUCCUCAAACCGGAGAAUGUUAUGCUAGACAAGGAUGGCCAUAUACGAAUAACAGAUUACGAUUUUAGGGUUGAUAUCUGGGCUCUUGGAGUAACCAUGUAUAAAAUGCUUACAGGACGAAAGCCUUUCGAUUUGCCUCUAAAGCGAAAUCCUUGGCAAAGUAUCAGAUUAAUAGGUAAAAAAGCAAUAGUCCGUAUUCCAGAUUCAAUAUCUGAUGAGGCUUGCCAAGUUUUGCAGAAAUUUCUAGCCAAAAAAAUGAAGAACAGGCUGGGAUCCAAUCCCAGCACCACUAUCCAAUCCAUUGCCUCCCUGCGCUUCUUCAGUUCCAUCGAUUGGAAACUGGUAACAAAAAUAUCUCUAAACUCUUUUAAAUAG